CCCCACGGCCCCACCCCUCCCCAGGAGGGAAAAGGCAGCUAGCUGCCAGUUACUUACCUCAGAGGCACUGGGACCUGGCCCACAGGACGAGAGGGUCAAUGGCUGCCAUCACGACUUCAGGCCGGGCCACGGACCCGCAGGAGGCGGUCGUCAAGAACCCCUAUGCCCAAGUCAGCAUCCCCCGGGCUCACCUGCGGCCCGACCUGGGGCAGCAGCUGGAGGUGGCGCCCUCUUCCCAGGGCUCGCAGCCUCUGCCUGCGGGGCCCUGCCCCUCGGAGCCCACCCGGCUCCUGCAGCCCACCGAGGAGGCCCCAGAGGGCAAAGGCGCCAAGGGGACCAAGGGGGCCGCCCAGAUCCAGGGCCGGCAGGCCUGGCCGCAGCCCGGCCACCCCCCCGGGAGUGGGCAGUGCCCGGCAGCGCUGACCCACGCCGGCCGGCCGCCCGUCGGGCGCGGGGACGACAUCGCCCACCACUGCUGCUGCUGCCCUUGCUGUUCCUGCUGCCACUGCCCUCGCUUCUGCCGCUGCCACAGCUGCUGCUCCAUCUCCUAGCCCAGCCCCCAGCGCGCCACAGCGCUGCCCUCCUCCUCGGGGCAGCCACCGGCCCGUUGGCACAGGCGCUGGCCCCUCCGCACCCUGCACGGGAGCACCUACCUGCCAAGAAGGCCGACCACCCGGCUCCAGCCCCUGGCAAGCGGCCGGGCCCGGCUGGGAUGGCCCGGGGGACAGCCGCCACCACCUCCCCCGAGGCCCACGGCCCAGGCAAUAAAGUGGAGCGAGCUUUG